ACUAUUCAACCAGUUAAAGAGCCAUCUGAUGAUGUGGCCAAAGUGGAGGGGUUGGGUGUUGGGUAUUGUGGAGAUGGUGGUGAACUGAAAAAAACAAGCUUUGCAUAGGGGUCAGCUACCAAAUCAACCAAAACUUUCCGGUCACCAAAACUGCCAAACUCUACAAUAAGGAGGUCUGUGUUUACUGUAAAGUAUCUGAAUUUAUUCUAUGAAGAAAACAGAUGAUAAAAAAAGAUUCAAACGCUAUAUUAGCUUUCUUUCUUUUUCUUGAGAACCAAACAUUAUAUUCAGUCUAUGUAUGGCCUCUUUCUCUUUUUCCUCUUCCUUUCUUAGGAACCUGUUUGCAGUUUGCAGGCAAGGCAAGAGGUAAAGGAUCUUUACUUUGAAUUCUUUUUCUUCUUUUUUUUUUUGAAGAAAAAGUUCAGACAUUUCUAUAUAUAUGACUUUCUUGAAUAUGAUUUCCUAGCUUUGUAUUCAUCUUCAAAGAGGAAAAAAAAUGCGAGGCCUUAAAUUCUUAGAUAGAUUUAAAAGCUCCCAAGUCCACGCCUUAAGCCCUUCUGAUGUCAAACCCAAACUUCCAAAAUCCAAAUUCACGAACUCUGUCUCAGUUUCUCAGUCUCUGCUUUCUUAUGGGCUUCCUACAACUGACCUCCUUGAACCCUCCAUAGACCCUCACUUAAAAUCCAUAUACUAUGUUGAAUCUCUAGCUGAACUUUAUUGUCGCGUCGACACUUGCUUGCCAUCUGAUAAAUCUUUAUUAUGCGUUGAACAAUAUACUUUGUUGCGUGGCUUGGGUGAUCCUAAGCUGUUGAGAAGGUGUCUUUGUGCUGCAAGGCAAUAUGCUAUUGGUGUGCACUCGAAGGUGGUGCUUUCUGCUUGGUUGAGAUUUGAGAGGAGAGAAGAUGAAUUUGUUGGUGUGUCAUCUAUGGAUUGUAGUGGCUAUGUCCUUGAAUGUCCUAAUGCUGCUUUAGUUUCUGGUUAUGAUCCUAAUUCAGUUUAUAGUCAUUGCCAAGGUAGUCAAGAUUGUCAUCUACUGGUUAAUUCUCAAAUCUUGAUUGGAAAUGAUUGCCCCAGCUUGGAUGACGGUGAUGUUUCAUUUUGUAUCAAUGAUCAGUUGGUUCAUUGUGUUAGAUUCAAAAUUGCUGCUCUUUCUAACCCAUUAAAGGCAAUGCUAUAUGGUAGUUUUGCAGAAUCAAGAAAGGAUAAUAUUGAUUUUUCAAAGAAUGGAAUAUCAGUAGAGGGAAUGAGAGCUGUGGAAGUGUACAGUAGGACUAGAAGAGUUGAUUUGUUUCGUGCUGAGAUUGUUUUGGAGUUGCUUUCUUUUGCAAAUAGAUUUUGCUGUGAGGAGAUGAAGUCUAGUUGUGAUGUUCAUUUGGCUUCAUUAGUAUUUGAUAUUGAGGAUGCGUUGAUUCUUAUUGACUAUGGUUUAGAAGAAAGUGCAAAUCUUCUUGUGGCUUCUUGCUUGCAAGUUUUGCUCAGAGAGCUACCAAGUUCCUUGUAUAAUCAUAGAGUGAUGAAGGUUUUCUGUAGCUCUGAGACUCGGGAAAGAUGGGCUAUGCUUGGGCAUGCUUCAUUCUUGCUGUAUUAUUUCCUGAGCCAGGUUGCUAUGGAGGAGAAUAUGGUAUCGAGCGCAACUGUCAUGUUAUUGGAUAGGUUGCAGGAAUUUGCAACAGAAAAGUGGCAGAGAGCACUUGCUUUUCAUCAACUGGGUUGUGUUUUGCUUGAGAGAAAAGAGUACAAGGAUGCACAGUUUUGUUUUGAGGCAGCCGUUCAGGAAGGUCAUGUUUAUUCAGUAGCUGGUGUUGCAAGGACAAAGUACAAGCAAGGGCAGCAGUAUUCAGCUUUUAGGUUGAUAAACUCCAUUAUUUUUGAGUAUAAACCUGUUGGCUGGAUGUACCAAGAAAGAUCUUUAUAUGGUGUCGGACGGGAGAAGACUAUUGAUUUAAAUACUGCAACUGAACUGGAUCCAACCCUUCCUUUUCCAUAUAAAUACAGAGCUGUCAUGAAGGUGGAAGAGAAGCAGAUUAAGCAAGCUAUCUCAGAGGUUGGUAAAAUUAUUUCAUUCAAGCUCUCACCUGAUGUCCUUGAAUUGCGGGCUUGGUUCUUCAUAGCACUUGAGGAUUAUGAAAGUGCAUUGAGAGAUAUUCGAGCAUUGCUAACUUUGGAGCCUAAUUAUAUGAUGUUUCAUGGAAAGGUAAGUGGUGAUCACUUAGUAGAACUUCUCAACCAUAGAGUUCAACAGUGGAGUCUGGCUGAUUGCUGGAUGCAACUUUAUGAACGAUGGUCUUGUGUUGAUGAUAUUGGCUCUUUAGCUGUCAUACAUCAAAUGCUGAUACACGAUCCAGGGAAGAGCCUAUUAAGGUUUCGACAAUCUUUACUUCUUCUCCGGUUAAAUUGUCAGAAGGCAGCAAUGCGCUGUUUGCGGUUGGCUAGAAAUUAUUGUAGUUCUGAGCAUGAAAGACUGGUUUAUGAAGGAUGGAUUUUAUAUGACACUGGCCAUCGUGAAGAAGCUCUCGCUAGGGCUGAAAAGUCCAUUUUGAUCCAAAGAUCAUUUGAAGCUUUCUUCCUUAAAGCAUAUAUAUUGGCUGAUACAAAUCUUGGUCCUGAAACAUCACCUUAUGUCAUACAACUGCUCGGUGAAGCUCUCCGAUGCCCCUCAGAUGGUCUUAGGAAAGGACAAGCAUUGAAUAAUUUAGGAAGUAUCUAUGUGGAUUGUGGUAAGCUGGAUCAGGCUGCAGAUUGCUACAUGAAUGCCCUUAAAAUUAAGCACACUAGAGCUCAUCAAGGGUUGGCACGUGUUUAUCAAUUGAAAAAUCGAAGAAAAGCUGCAUUUGAUGAGAUGACAAAACUAAUAGAGAAGGCACAAAAUAAUGCAUCAGCGUAUGAGAAACGGUCAGAAUAUUGUGACAGAGAGACGGCAAAGAAUGACCUUAAUAUGGCAACACAGCUGGAUCCAUUAAGAACAUACCCAUAUAGAUACAGGGCAGCUGUGCUAAUGGAUGACCAAAAAGAAACUGAAGCGUUGGAAGAGCUUACAAUAGCCAUCGCUUUUAAACCUGAAUUACAAAUGCUUCAUCUUCGAGCAGCGUUUUAUGAGUCAAUGGGGGAUCUUCCCUCUGCUCGUCAAGAUUGUGAAGCAGCUCUUUGCUUAGACCCAAACCACACAGACACUCUCGAUCUGUACAAUAAAACCCAGAACCGAGCAGUGCAUCAUUGAAGCAUUUGAGUCAUCUAUUAUGCAAGUGAUAAAGUCCAUACUUGACUAUUAGUUUUGAGGGGGAAGUCAAGAAUUUCCAUGCCGUCCAUUUUUAUUUGGUCCUAAACAGCAUCCAUCAGAAAAGUUGCCCCAGCAAGUGGGUAAAAAAUGGGCGAAGAAGGACAGGCAAUGAAUUGAUAAGUACAUACCGCACCAUGAAAUUGAUGACAGUUCGAAAAGGAUCCUAUGAACAAACCCUGGACUGUUUCCCUGGAAGUUGUGUAUAGGUAAUGUCUGCAUGAAAAUAGCAGCAUCAAAUUAAGUUCCAAAGGUUAAAGUUUUCAGUGACUUGUCAUUGAUUCCAAAGAACAGUAUAGGUUUCACCCCUUGUUUCUCACUAGAAGCAAUUUGUCUUCUUACGUUUCUUUUAUUUAAAAAAAAAAAAAUUUCUCAGAGUUCAUCUUGUACAGAAACAAACUCAGAAAAUGAUCUGAAUCUUCCUUAUCAUAAUUGCAGAUUGCCAGAAGUGAUGAUGUAGACAAGAAAAGAAAAGAAAAACCUUUUAAUUUUAUUGCUUUCCUUUCAUUUUC